AUGAAAGUGCUGCUAUCCCUCGAGUCAAGAGAGCCGGAUGCCUCUGCAUCUCCACUGCAUCGAAGUACCGCACCUCCCACUCAAGAAAAUCGUAUCACGCCAACCAACAGUAACCAUCCCCUCAUUUCCUUCUCGCCCUCCCUGAAACACGCCCUGCCCAACCCCGCUGACUUGCUCGAACCCACCUCUGAUCAUCCUUCCAAUUCAAACCCUUUCUUACUGCAGCCUGAUGGAUGGAUCAUGGGACCCAGAUAUGAGCUCCUUUUCUGGGUACCUCCCGCUUCCCAAACUGUGUUUUAUUCUCCUGACACUGCAAUGGUGAUUCCGAGAGGAGGCGUUGAACUUGAUUUGAGCUGUAUGGCGCAUGGGACGCGCUGGUCGAGUUGCCGGGAUGCGUGA